AAUUCAAGCGCCAAUUGACAUUGACUUCCGGAACCGGUUCGAAAAAGGAUACAUCAGAGCAAAACCUCAAAAAUGACGUCUGUGAAAGAGGAACCUACCAGUAAACAGGUUCGCGAUGUAGAUCUCACUGCUGCCGGUCGUGGGGUGUGGCUCGUUAAGGUCCCAAAAUAUCUGUCGGAAAAAUGGAAGAAGGCAUCUGGGAAAUGUGAGGUUGGAAGGCUAAUGAUAACAAGAUCUAAAGUACCAAAUACAAUGCCAGAAGUGACAUUUUCAAUGAAUGAUGCUCAGAUGAAACAAGAAGUACCUGGACAGCCGAACGCCACACCCAAGGACCAUAAGUUUCGGUUGACUGGUGUCGGAAAUCAAAAUCUUGUUGUGUUCUCAGAAGAUAGAGCGACUCCACCUGGACCGUCAGCAGAGGAAAUCACAGAAAAGAUAGCAAUUGAAGGCAAGGUAAUACAGCGAGCAGAAUGUCGGCCUGCAGCAAUAGCUGAUAUGAGUUAUCUAAAACUGAAAAAACAACAGAUGGUAUCAAGUAAUAAACCACAGAGAGAAAUCAAACAGAUAUCAACAAUUGUACCAAAAUAUAAACCUAUCAGUAAUCACCCGUCUGAGAUUGCCCAUCAGAAAAAGAUGAAAGAGGAAGGAAAGAGAAUACGACAAGACAAAGAUCAAGUAAUGGAUAAACUGUUUGAAAUAUUUGAGAAACAUCAGUAUUACAAUAUACAGGAUCUUGUCAGGCUUACAAGUCAACCAAUAACCUACCUGAAGGAAAUUCUGAAAGAGAUCUGUAUAUACAAUGUGAAGGCACCUCAUAAGAACAUGUGGGAGUUACGGCCGGAAUACAGACAUUACAAGGACCCAAAAUGAUACCUUAAUGGGACCUUAACACUACAUCAGAAAACCAAAGCUUAGCAGGACUAUUUUUGGUGCUCUGUGUUAGUUGGGGAUGAUUUGUUGAUCGGAUAAAGAUGAGAAUUUUGGUCUUUGAUAUAGCUGGGAACACUGUGGACACUAUAUUUGUUACAGACUGACAAACAUUGAUGCUGUUGAAGGCAUGUGAAGUUACAGUGUUAUGAAUUGUUAAGAUACUAUAUAUUUCUGAAAAUACCAUACAUUUAUUGAGAUACUGUAUAUCAGGAAUUUUUCAAACUCACUUGAUUUAUUCAUCUUCAGCCUAAUUUGCACUUCGUCAGGUGGGGGCAGUUGGCCCAUUCUUGGGGCCAAUAGGGCUAAAAAUAGAAAUACCUUUCGAUGACCUCAUGAACAGCUUGAUGAAAUUUCAGAUAAACUAAUGGUCUGUAGAAUCAUUGUAAGGUUCUCCCUGAAUUUUUUUCAAAUGGGGGCACUUGACCCCUUGUAGUGGGUGCUAGAAGUAAAACUAGAAAUACCUGAAAAGGAACAGCUUGCUGGAUCGUAAUCAAACCAGGUCUGUAGCAUCUUUGUAAUUUCCUCUCUCAAUUUUGUUCAUAUAGGGGCGCUUUUAGGGGCUGCUUAAGUUAUAAAUAGAAAAACUUUUAAGUAACUUCUUUUGAACAGCUUGGCGGAUCUUCAUCAAAUUUAGUCUGUUGCUGCAACUUAUAUCAUUGUAAUUUCUCAAUUUCAUGCAAUGGGGGCACUUGACCCCUUUUAGGGGCUUUAGAGCUAAAAAAUAGAAAACCCUUUAAACAACUUCUAUGGAUCUUCAGAUAAACUUGGUCUGUAAAAUUAUUUUAAGGUCCACCCUUUGGGGGUGCUUGAAAAACACAAUUACUACCAUUUAUGAAUCUGUGUGUCAUACGUAUAUUCACUUCAAAUAGUCAAGGUCAGGUGAGUGACAAGGGGCCACUUUGUUCAAACAUAUUUAUUUUGAAAAGCGUGUUUCUUUUGUUUAAACAUAGAAAUAGCUGCAGGUUAGUUAUGUUGAAUAAAUGGUUAGAAAUGUUUAUGAAAAAUUAAGGACUUUAUACUUCUAUUGUUUUGAUUGUUACAAAUCUCUUAUUACAGUGAACAUUAUUUUCAAUUAAAUUUGCUGGAUUUGUAUAAACAUGAAGUGGGGGAGAUAUUGAUUUAUUGCUGUUCAUCUGUCUGUAUGUCACAAAGUUGGUCCACACCACUGGAUUGAUUUACACCAAACUUCACAAGAGUGAUCAUUGCCAAGUGUAGUUGUGCAUAUCAUCAGCAUUUUCUGAUUCGAUGAUUUUUCAGCAGAGUUAUGGCUCUUUGAUUCAUGAAAUUUUAUGAUAAUUUGACCACUUCUGUUAUAAUAUUGGUAGAUUUUAUGAGUAAUCAACUCUCAUUUUGCACAUUAUAGGCAUUUUCCAUUUUGAUAAUUUCAGUGGAGUUACGACCCUUGAUUCAUCAAAUUUUAUGCUGUUUUGGCCACUUCUCUUACAUUAUUGGGCAGAUUUCUACCAAACCUUACAGAAAUUAUCAGUGCUAAGCCUAGCUAUACAUAUCAUUGGUUCAGUGAUUUUCAGCUGAGUUAUGGCCAUAAAUUUGUAAAUAUACAGUGUUUACACUACUUGCUGCAUACAAUUAGGCUGAACUUCACCAAACCUCACAAAUGAUUAUAGUGAAGGGUAAUUAUGCAUAUUAUCGUCUUGUGCAGAUUAAAUAAUUUUUAGCUCGACUUUUCAAAGAAAAAGUAGAGCUAUCGUACUCGCCCCGGCGUCACCGUCGCCGUUGGUUAAAGUUUUUGGUAAAGUCAAAUAUCUCUGUUACUAUCAGAGCUAUUGACUUGAAACUUAAAAUAGUUAUUUACUAUCAAAGUCUACACCAGGAGAAACAAUCCCCAUAACUCUGAUUUGAAUUUUGACAGAAUUAUGCCCCUUUUUAACUUAGAAUUUUUGGUUAAAGUUUUUGAUAAAGUCAAAUAUCUCUGUUACUGUCAAAGCUAUUGACUUGAAACUUAAAAUACUUAUUUACCAUCAAAGUCUACACUAGGAGAAACAAUCUCCAUAACUCUAUUUUGAAUUUUGACAGAAUUAUGCCCCUUUUAAACUUAGAAUUUUUUGUUAAAAUUUUUGAUAAAGUCAAAUAUCUCUGUUACUAUUAAAGCUUUUGACUUGAAACUCAAAAUAUUUAUUUACUAUCAAAGUCUACACCAGGAGACACAAUUCCCAUAACUCUGGUUUGAAUUUUGACAGAGUUAUGCCCCUUUUUAACUUAGAAUUUUUGGUUAAAGUUUUUGAUAAAGUCAAAUGUCUCUGUUACUAUCAAAGCUUUUGAUUUGAAACUUAAAAUACAUAUUUAUCAUCAAAGUCUACACUAGGAGACACAAUUCCCAUAACUCUGGUUUGAAUUUUGACAGAGUUAUGCCCCUUUUUAACUUAGAAUUUUUGGUUAAAGUUUUUGAUAAAGUCAAAUGUCUCUGUUACUAUCAAAGCUUUUGAUUUGAAACUUAAAAUACGUAUUUAUCAUCAAAGUCUACACUAGGAGAAACAAUCCCCAUAACUCUGUUUGAAUUUUGACAAAAUUAUGCCCCUUUUUAACUUAGAAUUUUUUGUUAAAAUUUUUGAUAAAGUCAAAUAUCUCUGUUACUAUUAAAGCUUUUGACUUGAAACUCAAAAUAGUUAUUUACUAUCAAAGUCUACACCAGGAGACACAGUUCCCAUAACUCUGAUUUGAAUUUUGACAGAGUUAUGUCCCUUUUUAACUUGCAUUUUUAGCUCACCUGUCACAUAGUGACAAGGUGAGCUUUUGUGAUCACCCUUCGUCCAUCGUCCGUCGUGUGUCUGUCCGUCCGUCCGUCCGUCAACAAUUUCUUGUCUGCACGAUAGUGGUUUCAUUUAUGAUUUUAUUUUAACCAAACUUGCACACAACUUGUAUCACCAUAAGAUCUCGGUUCCUUUCUUGAACUGGCCAGAUCCCAUUAUGGGUUCCAGAGUUAUGGCCCCUGAAAGGGCCAAAAUCAGCUAUUUUGACCUUGUCUGCACAAUAGCAGCAUCAUUUAUGAUUUGAUUUUUACCAAACUGGCACACAACUUGUAUCACCAUAAGAUCUUGGUUCAUUUCUUGAACUGGCCAGAUUCCAUCAUGGGUUCCAGAGUUAUGGCCCCUGAAAGGGCCAGAAUUAGCUAUUUUGACCUUGUCUGCACAGUAGCAGCUUCAUUUAUGAUUUGAUUUUAACCAAACUUGCACACAACUUGUAUCACUAUAAGAUCUUAGUUCCUUUCUUGAACUGGCUAGAUUUCAUUAUGGGUUCCAGAGUUAUGGCCCCUGAAAGGGCCAGAAUUGGCUAUUUUGACCUGGUCUGCACAAUAGCAGCUUCAUUUAUGAUUUGAAUUUAAUCAAACUUGCACAAAACUUGUGUUGCCAUAAGAUCUCAGUUCCUUUGUUGAACCGGCCAGAUCCCAUAAUGGGUUCCAGAGUUAUGGCCCCUGAAAGGGCCAAAAUUAUCUAUUUUGACCUUGUCUGCACAAUAGCAACUUCAUUUAUGAUUUGAUUUUAACCAAACUUGCACACAACUUGUAUCACCAUAAGAUCUUGGUUCCUUUCUUGAACUGGUUAGAUUCCAUCAUGGGUUCCAGAGUUAUGGCCCCUUGAUGGUCCAGAAUUGGCUAUUUUGGCUUUUGCAGCCAUAUAGAGACUUCAUUUAUGGUUUUAUUUGAUACAAACUUGCAAAAUAUCUUCAACAACAAUAAAUCUUGGAUUCCAUGACAAAUCAGAUCCAAUCGUAGGUUCCAGAGUUAUUUUAUAUCCGAUUACCUACCCUGAUUGUAGUGAAAAUGGAUUUAUAUCAGUAAGUACUUAUAGGACUUAUUUGAAAUUUCAUUAUUAUCAUUAGUUGGACUGAGUCAAUCAGGGUAGAUAACUAUGGACUGAUUUUAUAUCAGAUUACCUCCCUUUAUUUCAAAUUAGAAUGGGUAUAUCUCCGUAACUAAUGAAGAUACUGAUCUGAAAUUUCAUUUAUGUCAACAGAUUUAUUUGGCAGAUCCUUCUUUUGUUCACUUACAAUAAUUUUCUUUUUAAUUACUUCCCUUUUACGUUAAUAUAAAUAGCUUAUUUUUAGUAACUUUUUAUUAUUGGCCGUAGGGAAAAACCGAGACCACUUUUCUGUGGUACAACAUGGAUGGUUAAAUUUUGGUUAAAUUUCUUUCCUUUGUUUUUCCUGUCCUUUGGACUUAGAUAUAUUUUCUGAGGACCUUCUUGUCCUCAAGUGCAAUGAUAACAGGUGAGCGAUAUAGGGCCAUCAUGGCCCUCUUGUUUUUUUAUACUGGCAAAGCUCUAAUUCAGAGUCAAGCACUGAGAAAAGUCGAGCGCGCUGUCCUACGGACAGCUCUUGUUAGUGGAGUCAUGACCCUUGAUUUGUCAUAUUCUUUGAUCAGUGCUACUUCUUUACGGCUGCUUGGAAUUUCACAGACUUCGCUGUCAAACCUAGUUGAUUGUAUUGUUGGAAUGUUAUGGUUCAGUGAUUUUCCCAAGAGUUAUGUCCCUUAAUUUGUGGCAUUUUGCAAUUUCUCUGUUGUAAGUGGUGGGAGACAUAUGUUUCAUGAAAAAUAGUCUCUACUUUUAGUACAACCUAUACUGUCGCAAUAUAAUUUCUAAAUUUCUUCCCUAGGGAAUUUUGAUUUAUGUAAAAAUGUGAGAAAAAGAAUGUCAUUUUACUUAAAAAGUUGGCUGUUGUGCCUUUUCCAUUGUUUACUUACAGUCUUCUUUUUAUUGGUUAAAUUCAUACAGAAUAAUAACUUCAAAUAAAAAAGCAUCAAAAAUUAUGUUGUAGAGUUAAUUUCUUGUCACUUUUGACUCAUCAACCAUUGUCCCUGUGUAAUAUUCAUUAUGGCCAUCUUCAAAGAAGAGUGGGUACUGUAUAUUAUUUUGCUUAUUGUUGGUUGGUCGGUAGACCUUGAAGUUUCCAAUUAGUAACUAGAGUAUGCUUUGUCUCAAAUGGUCAAACUUCACAGGCUGAUUGCCUAUGAUCAGUAGAUGACUCCCAUCAUUUUGUGGGUCAGUAAAUCGCAGGUCAGAAUCACAGCGACCUUAAAACUGAAAAGAAUUCCGCUCAAUAACUUUGGAACACCUUAGCCUAUGUCAUUAAACUUUAUUAGGAUGAUUGGCAGUGGUCAGUAGGUUACCACUUCUGUUUUGUGUGUCAGUAGGUUAGAGAUCAAUGUCACAGUGACCGCAAGACUGAAACUAGUUUUUGCACAGUAACAGAAGAACCAUAGGGUCUACUGCCUGCAAACUUUUUAGGGUGAUUGCAGGUAGAAGGCAGAUGACCUUCUCUUGUUGGGGUCAAAGGUCACAGUGAUCCAAAGCUCAAAGUCAGUGACCCUGAGACUAAAAAUAGUUUCCUCUCAAUAAAUAAAGAACACUGGCCUACAGUUCUCCAACUUCAUAGGUGAUUGCCUUCGAUCAGAAUAGCUCUUUUGCCCUCCUUCAAUGAAGGAGGAAGAAGGGGUCAAGUAUUGUCAGUCUCUCUGUCAGGUUUCCAAUGAAUAACUAGAGAAUGCUUGGUCUUACAAUGGUGAAACUUAUACAAUAAUUGCCAGUGGUCAGUAGAUGAAACCUGUUUUUGAGGGUCUGUAGGUCAAAGUUCAAAGUCACAGUAACCUUGAGGCUGAAAAACAGUUUCUGCUCCCAAAUGCUUUGGCCUAUAAUCUAUAAACUUCAUAGGAUGAUCAUAGUCUGGGGUCCUACUGUUUUGAGGGUCAAAGGUUAAGGUUAUAAAGAUAUAAGGAAAUGGUUUCCCAUCAAUAGCCAAGGAACACUUUGGCCUACAGUUGUAACUUUCAUGGGAUAAUUGCCUGUAUUCAGUAGAUGACCCCUAUUGUUUUUGGAGUUGGGUCAAGGUCACAGUUACCUCGCGACUGAAGAUUUAAGAAUCCUUUUGUCUACUGCCUUCUGUUGUUUGUGAAAGGUCAUGACUUUGACAUUGAAAAAAGUUCCAGCACAACAAUUAUGGUACACUUUGACGUACAGUUCUGAAACGCCAUUAUGAUGAUUGCCUUAGAUCUGUAGAAUAUCCCUUGGAGGAAGAGGUGGUAAGGUUUACUGUUUUACGAAUUGUCAGUCAGUCCAUUGAUAGUCCAUUUGUUUUCCAGUCUAUAACUGGAGAGAGCUUGGUCUCACAAUGGUGAAACUUCUUAGCACGAUUGCCUGUGGUCAGUAGAUGACUCCAUUUUGGAGGAUCAAUAUGUCAAAAGUCAAAUUCACAAUGACUUUUAGACUGAAAACAGCUUCCGCUCAAUAACUAAGGAACCUCUGGAUGAUUGUCUGUGGUUAGUGCAUGAAACCUAUUGUUUUGAGGUCAGUAGGUCAAAGGUCAGUGUCACAAUGUCUGACACAGAAAACAGUUUUCGCACAAUAACUAAAGAAGUCAGAAACUUCAUUGGUUGACUGCCUGUGGUCAGUAAGGUGAUUAUUGUGUUGGCAUUUAUAGGUCAAAAGGUAAGGUCAUGGUGAUCUUGAGACCAAUAUGAGGCAGGAAAUCAUAGGGAAUAUAAAUGUUUUAGAAACAGUUUUAGUCCCUUGUGUCUUGGUACCCAAUCACUGCCAGUUGACACCCCCACCCCACCUCAGACCUUGACCCAUCUUGCAGUCCUUUGUUUUUCUAUUUGUAAAGACACAAUACGAAAAGCUUCAUUUGAAUAUAUCAGUCUAAAAUAAAACAUAGAGUUGUUUGUAAAAACACAUAUCCCCCAUGAUGACCUGUCACAGGUGAUAAAGUAUCUAAUUUUGUACACCUUAACCUUUGACCAAUUGACUCCAAAAAUAAUGGAGGUUUUCUACUAAUACAUAAUACGCAAAGUGCUCUAAGGUGAGCUAUUGUCAUUGACAUUUGUCCGGCAGCGGCAUGUUGUAAACAUUUUACCAUGUGAACACUUUUAAGAGGCCACAUUAUCUAUUGUAUCUUCAUGGAACUUGGUCAGAAUAUUUGUCUUGGUGAUCUCUAGGCCAGUUUCGAAUCUGGGUCAUCUUGGGUCAAAAACUAGGUCACCUGGUCAAAUUAAAGAAAAGCAUUGUAAACACACCUUGUCAUGAAACUUAGUCAUAAUGUUUGCCUGGAUGAUUUCUUUGAAACUGGGUCAUCUGAGGUCAAAAACUAGGUCACUUUGUCAAAUCAAAGCAAAACCUUGUGAAGUUAUUAUGCUGUUAAUUUUGAACAUUUGUGUUUUUCUGAUAUUGUUUUUUAAAUCCUGUAUUUUUACCUUAAUUUAUUAAACAAACAAUAUUUAAACUCUCUGAAAAAAAAAAAACAACAUCCUUAUUUGCAAUUACUAUUAAUCAUUAUUUCCUUCUCAAAAUGUGUCAUUUGUUACUUAAAUAGUUGUCGAGUAUAUAAAAAGAAUUGCUUUCAAGCAGAUUUUCUAUAUUAUGGUUUUAGCACUUUUUGUCUGUAUGUGAUAAUCCUACAUCUUUGAUUUUACCACUUGUAAAUUUUCAUACUUCUUUUGUUUGUUCAUCUACUCUUGUAAGUAUCUGAAAGUGACUGAAAGCUGUCACUCAAAAUAUGACAUAUUUCUAAGAGGAUAAAAAAAGUCUAAGGAACUUUGUAAAAAAACUGGACUUAGUGAUCAACCUUUGUGAAGUUCACCUGGAUAUAUUCUUUUUAAUAAUAUACUUGCAAGUUGGAUAAAAUAACAUAAAAUAAGUUGUUACUUUAUAACUGUUGGACAGUGUUAUAUAUUGUUAUUAAAAACUUUGUCAGAUUUUAAAAAUAGAAUACAAAUAAUUCCCCA